GGGGGCGCGGUUUGGUAGGGUCGUGUGGCGGGCGCUCGUACCCCUCCCACUGGAGCGAGGGUCCCUCCCGCUGAGCCUCAGUUUCCUCUCUUUGCAGAGGCUGAGCGCGCCCCACACCGGACCCCCGCGCUGGCCGGGAUGUUCGUCCUGGUGGAGAUGGUGGACACCGUGCGGAUCCCCCCGUGGCAGUUUGAGAGGAAGCUCAACGACUCCAUUGCCGAAGAGCUGAACAAAAAGUUGGCCAACAAGGUCGUGUACAACGUGGGGCUCUGCAUCUGCCUGUUUGACAUCACUAAGCUGGAGGACGCCUACGUGUUCCCAGGAGACGGCGCGUCACACACCAAAGUCCAUUUUCGCUAUGUGGUGUUCCAUCCAUUCCUGGAUGAGAUUCUGAUCGGCAAGAUCAAAGGCUGCAGCCCGGAGGGAGUUCACGUCUCUCUAGGGUUCUUCGAUGACAUUCUCAUCCCCCCAGAGUCGCUACAGCAGCCAGCCAAGUUCGACGAGGCAGAGCAGGUGUGGGUGUGGGAGUACGAGACGGAGGAAGGAGCGCACGACUUGUAUAUGGACACCGGCGAGGAGAUCCGCUUCCGGGUGGUGGACGAGAGCUUUGUGGACACGUCCCCCACGGGGCCCGGCUCGGCAGAGGCCACCUCUUCCAGUGAGGAGCCGCCAAAGAAGGAGGCUCCGUACACGCUUGUGGGAUCCAUUAGCGAGCCAGGCCUGGGCCUCCUCUCCUGGUGGACCAGCAGCUAGCCCUGGGGCUGGACGACAGACCCCCACCCCCACCCCGCAGUCCGGAGAAGGAGGUGCCACUGGCCAUGGAAACAGCAGCUUCUGCAGGUGCCGAGGAGCAGAGUGUGUGCCCCACCGGACUGUCCCCUCCCUCGCCAUCCUGGCCCUGUUCCUGGAGCUACCCUGAAGUCACUGUUCCUGUGGACUUCUGCCUCUUGGUGACAGCAAAGACAUUUAAUAAAUAAGGGCAGCAUCAGUCA